CAAGAUGGAAGAAAAAACAAAGAAAAUACGUUGCUCGUGAAAUGUCACAUUUUGUCAACAAAAUAAAAAUAAACACGUCAGUUCACGAAAUCUCGGGGUGCCCUUUAAUUAAAUUGCGAGCGAAAACAUCCAACCAUUUUUUGGUACCACGAGCCGAAUCUCGAGCCAGUAUUCAGCAAGAACCACGAUUCCUGUCAUCCCGUCACGAGAAAACUACAGGAAAAUCACGCCAUCGAGCCACGAAGGUAACCUCAUUUAAGCCUGAAAGAGCCACGGAGAAGUCUGAAGAAAGAGACUAUCAUCCUUUCUACAGGGAGAUUUCUCUGGUAGCAGGGAAAUUAUCCGGCAGUCUUAUAUAAAGAAAGGAAUUCCAGGGAGUGCAAUAGAAGUAAUCACUGCAUCUUUAACAAAGGGUACUCCAACGGAAUGACUGGGCAUGUAAUGGUACGGGCCCGGCCGCUGGAGCGGGGAGGGAAAACUAGAUGUUUUCAUACGUAAACGGUUCGUGCUGAUGAGUAGGUUUAUUCGGAAACUACAUGGUAAUCAUAUCUUCGGAUAAGCUCGGAAAAUUAUGAUUAAUCUUCCUUCAGGUAAGUCGAUUAAUCUUUAAACUUUCAGACAUUACUGAUGCAAUAAAAAAAGGCUUCCGGCUGGAUUGGAAUUGACACUAACUGCUUACAAGUCUACUUCAACAGUUUUUUAAAGGCUGACUUUGAUUCAUGCACCAUUAUACUUUAGGCCGCAUAUUGGGUUUUCUACCUCAGACUUUACAAAGGGACACUCCCUAUGAUUCGGACUUCGCAGUA